AUGAAGAAACCCGCACCCCCUAAAGAACCCCACUGUCGCUACCUUUACGAGUGGACAGACUUCGAAACCGAAGUUCUCAGUAACAUCUCAGUUAUCCAGCGACACCAACGACUUAAUUCCACAUCAGUUGCAAAGCGUCGCCAAAGUGUAUCUUCACAAGCAGAUUUCCCCACAUUCGGAGACCUAUCGCAUCCCGAAUUCGAAAUUGAAGAAGUCGCCAUACUAAGGUAUUCGGAUUUUUUUACGCCGGUAUCCUCGAUUUGGCCCCAACACGGUUUCCCUGAUUUGGCGUUUUCGACGAUUCAGCGGCAUAAAGCGUCUGGGUCUACGAAUAGAUUUAUAGGCGAGGUUAAGUCGGCUUGGGGGUCUGAUAUUAGGGAGUGUAAUAUUAGGAAAGGUCUUUCGAAGUUGUUGCCGUUGAAGAAUACAAUAGGUAUGAUGUUCUGA